AUGUCGGAUGGUGAUCAUAUGGAUGGUAUCGAUGCCUUGGUAGAUGACCGAAUUAGAGGGGAACCAAGAAAUGCAACCGAAGAUGAGGAGAUGCGUCAUUUUGACAAACUUGAGGAAGAUGCAAAACGUGAGUUGUAUCCGGGUUGCACUGAUUAUAGUAUCUUGAAGUUUGUUAUUAAGAUGUUGAAUGUAAAAGUAAUGACUAACUUGAGUAAUAAGGGACUUGAUAUGAUGCUAGAAUUGCUGACAAAGGUUUUACCGAAAGGUAACUUGGUUCCAAGGUCAACUUAUGAAGCAAAGAAGAUAUUACGUGACUUGAGCAUGUCAUACGAGCAUAUAGAUGCAUGCAAAAAUGAUUGUGCAUUAUUUUGGAAGGAAAAUGAAAAUCUUGAUAAAUGUCCGGUGUGUGAGGUGCCUAGGUACAAAGAUACACGUACCCAAGGUAAGAAGAUUCCUCAUAAAGUAUUGCGUUACUUUCCGUUGACACCGAGAUUGAGGAGAUUGUACAUGUCAAGCCAAAGAGCUAAGGACAUGAGAUGGUAUAUAGACAAACGUGUGGACGAUGGGAUAAUGAGGCAUCCGGCUGAUAGUGAGGAGUGGAAGGAAUUUGAUUUGCAACAUCCUGAUUUUGCCCUCGAACCUCGCAAUGUAAGGUUAGGGUUGGCUACAGAUGGAUUUAAUCCUUUUGGGAAUAUGAACAAUAAUUAUAGUAUGUGGCCUGUCAUACUUAUCCCCUAUAAUUUACCGCCUUGGUUGGUUAUGAAGGAGCCAUAUUUUAUGUUGUCCUUGCUUAUUCUCGGUCCCCAUCAACCGGGGAAUGAUAUUGAUAUUUACUUGAAACCAUUGGUUGAUGAGUUGAAGGAGUUGUGGGAAGAAGGUGUAGAAACUUAUGAUGCUUAUAGUAAAGAGCAUUUUCAGAUGCGUGCAACUUUGUUGUGGACAAUACAUGACUAUCCUGGAUUUGGUAACAUAUCCGGGUGGAGGACAAAGGGUUAUCAUUCUUGUUACACUUGCAACGAUCAACCAUAUUCAGAAGCUUUGGAAAGUAAAAUUGGAUUCAUUAAUCAUCGAGCUUAUUUACCUAUGGAACAUCGUUGGAGACAUAGUCGGUUGCAUAAUGGUUUACCAGAGAAACGGAAGAGAUCUUUAGAGUUACAAGUGGGAAAGAUACAAGAGCAACUAGAUAGAAUGCCAAAUAUAAUUUUAGGAAAGCAUCCAAGUAACAAGAAGAGACAACUCAUUGGGGAGCCAAAUUGGUCAAAGGUAAGUAUUUUGUACAAGCUUCCAUACUGGAAAAAUAAGAAGCUUAAGCACAACAUUGAUGUCAUGCAUGUGGAGAAGAACAUUAGUGAGAGUACUUAUGGUACUUUGUUGGGCAUUGAGGGGAAAAAUAAGGACACUGAUAAGGCACGGAUAGACUUGCAAAAUAUGAACUUCAGGCACACGUUGCAUUUGAAACAACGUCCUGAUGGAUCAUAUGACAAGCCUCGGGCUUUCUUUUCAUUAAGCCCCAAUGAAAGAGAUGGUUUUUAUGACUUUUUGAAAUCAGUUAAGUAUCUGGAUGGCUAUGCAGCCAACAUAUCAAGGUCAGUGAAAGCAAAAAAUGGUAGAUUAUCUGGUUUGAAAAGCCACGACUGUCAUGUGCUACUACAACGAAUUCUUUCAAUUGGGUUGCGAGGGUUUGCAGAUAAAGACAUUAGUAUUGUAUUGUUUGAGUUGGGCAACUUCUUCCAAGACUUAUGCUCAAGGACCCUAAAGCGGAGUGAAUUGGAGAAACUAGAAGAACGUAUAGUUCUUAUACUAUGCAAGCUUGAGAGGUUCUUGCCUCCAGCAUUCUUUGAUGUUAUGGUCCACCUUGCUGUUCACUUGCCUAGAGAAGCAAUUCUAGGAGGCUCGGUACAAUAUCGGUGGAUGUAUCCAAUUGAAAGGUAA